GGCAAUGCGCCGCCAGGGACCCAGUACAAGUUUUGGCUAGGAUGCCUGGAGAGCAUUUACAACCUUCGCCGAUUCCCGCCCCUCCCUGCACACCAGCAGUCCGAGUCUUAUGCUGCCGAUAGCCUUAUGGACCAGAUGUCCCAUUCACCGCAUUUGCAGUUAAUUCUGAAGGAAGGUGGUGUGAACGUAGUCCCAGGUGACCAGAGGGAAAAAUACCGUGCUUGGUGUAAAUACGGCCAGCGCAUUCCCAUUUCUGAGCUGCUGGGUGAGACGGAAGAGAAGCUCAAGGAGUGCCAGAAAAUGUACGAUGCUAUGGACAACAGAUGGAAGGCUGAAUCGUCCUCAGACCCAAAAGAACUUCAGACCAAAGUGUGCAGCAGCAUAGCCGAUCUUGGCAAACAGCAAGAACUACUGCAAGGUGUCUACAGCGCAUAUAUUGCUCCCUGGACAACUUCCACCCAGCAGUUGGAGCUGCCCAACACUGGUCCACUCAUUCAUGAAGCCAAUACAAAACUGGCAGCGCUAACCAAGGUCUUAAAGGCGACACAGGAUGCGUCCAACAUAUGUGAGGAACUAGCUGAGAGAGAGAAGGCAAUCAUGCGACACUCCACGCAGCCAUCUUCCGUGACGGAAACCCUGCAUACCCUCGUCAGCCAGUCCAACACCAGCAUCAAUGCAGUCAGAUAAUUUCACCAUCAGAUGUCAGGACUGUUUAUGUACUCUAGACCUCAGAAGAUGCUGUUGAAUAUUUCUCUGUAUUAGUAUUUAUGUGGUUUCAUCUGAAAGUACUGUAUUUUUUUUUUAUCUCUUUCUUCUUCUUCUGCAUCUUUGCAUUUUCCUCUCCUCCCUUUUUGUUCUUCACUGUUUCUUCUCUCUUUCUCAUUUCUCUCCUCCUCUUCCUCCAAGAUGCAUCUUCAUUUAAAUGAGGGAAUUUAGAAAUAUAUCAACAGAGAAAUUUUAUACAGACAUGGAGACUUUGUAAUGUGCAUAAUAUCAUAACCCAGAUGUGAUAACAUCUUAUUGAUCUUUGGUUAAAAUGCUAAAAUGAAAAGAAUAAAGAUCUUUUCAUGAUGCUCAUUUUGCAGGCCAUUAUACCCAGAAUAAAAGAAAAUAAACUUUAUAAUAAGAUAUUAAAAAAAGGAAAAUCCUCAGUCUGUAUAUCAUCGAGGUAAAUGCAUUCUGUAAACAUUUAAGUUUUGUUAUAUAUUUAUGUUCAAAUUCUGAAUUGUAAAUGUAAACCCCGUGAAAAUGUAAGUUUAGCUUAAGUUUUCUUUUGUGAGAUGCUCUUCCUAUAAAUAUUUCCGCAAGUGCUUAGCCACUAAAAAUUCAAUAAAUAGUCUUCAUGACCUCGUCUGAUUUCCCCUUUCCCUGAGUUCUUUGUAAAAAUGUCUUUUCACUAAUGCUAUAAAUAUUGAUACUGUUAUGUUUUUAUAGACAUUAUAAUUAUUAUAAUGUUAUUAACAUUAUUAAUUGCAAUGUAAGGCUAGAGAAUAUUUCCAGAACUCAAGGAAAAAGGUAAACAAGUGUAGUGCUAGUAAUUGAUUCCUUUGUGACUAAGUACUUGUGAAGCCAUAUAUGUGACUUUAGAGCUAUCUGUGUGUAAAGGCAGUUAAUGAACUAAACUCACAGUGGGCAUGGCAUUGUUUGUAUUGAUAUCCCAAGCAGGUUCAGGUUGAUCAUGCCAUGAGUACCAUGUAAACACAAAGAGUUGUGUGGUCACAUAGUGCUAUAUACCUUAAUUCAAGCUUCAUUCUGAUCAGAUGUAAUUGAAAUGCUUUAAGCUUUUGGUUCUCACUAAUUAUGAAAGCGCAAACAAUAAAUCUGGUAAACCAGCAUUAGCAAUUGUUUUAGGUUCUCUUUCUCUAUUAACCUCUAAAAGGACACAGGAAUUCAGAGCUUCCUCUCUGUACAGGAUGGGAACAGAGUAAAAAUUAAUAGAUAAAAGGUCUUUUGUCUUGUAAACCACAUGGUCUUUAAUAUGAAAGUGCCAUGCGGUUUGCUCCCACAGGAUGGAACAAUUAGGAAGACUGCAAUAAACAACAUGGAAAUACAACAGUGGAACAACUCUUGCCAUUCAGUGGAACAAUUCUUGCAUCUUUCGGUGUCUGUGACAGCCAUUCUUAAUUAAAUGGUUGCUCUAUAUUGUCCUUUAAGGUUAAAAAUCAGAGAAUAAAAAUAUUUCAUAAUUUUUUUGUGUUCAUUUUCUAGGGAUAUAGAUUAUGAUUAAUAUUGCCAAAAUAGAUCUGUAUAUUUUACAAGGCACAAUGAAAUUAUUAUAUAAAUAUUUUUUUUUAUUCUUGAUCUUUUACUUUACAGAUUAAAGGUAAACCAGAAAUAUUUUGUUUACAUUUUCUGAUAUCUGAGAAAUUAGGUCCUUAAAGACUUAUAAUCAAUAGCUACAUUAACUUGUUGAAACCAGAAAUUGUUUUAUGUAACCUUGUUUCUUGUCACGAAAGGUGAUUGGCUGAACAGCAGUGUGUAUAUAUAUAUUUUUUUUAUUUGAAAAAGAAAGAAUAAAGAGAGCCUCAAGAAAUUAUAUGGACUUAUAAAAA